UGGCUGUACAUCUGCCAGUCUGGUGUCGGUGUCUCGGGUUGACGGUGGCGUGCGUUGUUGCUACUGAAGCUGAUUAUAAGCUGUAUACGUCGGUUUCACGGAUGAAACGUCUUGCUUUGCGGUUUGUGUGGGCUUACUAAGGAGUGGCAGAUGGUGGUAACGUUAUUACUUCUUGAUUCAUUUAACGACGAUUUAUUUUCUGCUUGGAUAAGUGGUGACAAAUGACUGUGAUUAUACGUCAUGAAUGUAGAAAAUUGUAGUCCUGGUCAAUUUUAAGAUACGGCUACUUUCGCAGUAUUAUCCAGGAGAGCGUGAGGAAAACUACGAAACUUCUGCCAGUGAUGUCGGUCUCAGGGGCAGAGAUCAAACUCGGAAUAUUCUGAAUGUGCUUCAAGUGACAGUGCUACGUAUCUAUCUUUUUUUAAGAAAGUCUUGGUUGGUUGUUUGGUUAGUAAUCAGUGGCUAUUAAAGGAUUUUGGGCCUUACGGGACAAUGUUUAUGAAUGAAGACCAAGAUAAUGAAGCCACCGGAGUGGUACGACGUGAUCCGGUACCACAUUGUACCGCCGGUUUUCAUGGUGGUUUUCACGGGAGCCGUGCAGUACUUAGCCCUCGUCGGACAAGGAGAGAUCAACAUAACGUGGCGCCUGGCAGCCUCCAAAGCGUUGGGCAACAGCUUCUCUUGGGGAUGUGUAGCACUCUUCUCGUUGUGGGCUAUCCUCUGGCUGCAGCUUCCUGCAGGUCAGGUCCACGGGCCUCCCACACUCUUCGGCUACAGACCUCCAUAUCAGGAUAAUGGAGUGCUGUACUACUGGGCAAGUUUGGUGGGGUUCUUCACCAUGCAGGCGAUGUGGCCUGACCUUUCUAGUGCCAUCUUCAGCAAUAUGCCCGAGCUACUGGGCACACUGAACUUGGUUGCUCUCACAUUGUGCACCCUGCUAUUGCUUAAGGGGAAGCUGAAACCUGAGCAUCGUGAUGACAGAUACCCCACACGACCAGUGCUGUACGAGUUCUAUACCGGACUGGAGCGUCACCCCCACAUACUCGGGAUGGAUGUGAAGCAGCUCACCAACUGCCGCAUUGGCAUGAUGGCCUGGCAACUGCUUAUCCUUGCUUUCUAUCUUGCUGGUGUGCAGCGUCACGGCUUCAGUGCCGCAACUCUAGUCAACCUCCUGCUACAGUCAGUGUAUGUGGCCAAAUUCUUCUGGUGGGAGGCAGGUUACUUCAGCACGCUGGAUAUCAUCCUGGACAGAGCCGGGUACUAUAUCUGUUGGGGUUGUUUGGUGUGGGUGCCCUGCCUGUAUACAUUCUCUUCCUACUACUUGGUGGCACAUCCACCCAUCAUCUCCACCACAACAGCCCUACUGAUUGCGAUUCUUGGCCUCUUCACGAUCCUCCUCAACUAUCGCGUCGAUUACGAGAAACAGCUGUUCCGAAGAGCCCCAGAUGGCAAAUGUAAUCUGUGGGGAAAGCCAGCCCGCUUCAUAGAGGCACAGUACAAAGACAGUAGUGGUAAUGUCCGUACCUCCAAGCUUCUCUUGUCAGGUUUCUGGGGUUCUGCACGGCACUUAAACUAUACAUUUGAACUUCUGGCUUCACUUGCAUGGUGUCUACCAGGAUUUGGACUUGGAGUGUGGCCAUUCCUCUAUUUCAACUUUCUGGCAUGUCUCCUUGUCCAUCGGACAUUCCGGGAUGAGGAGAAGUGUGCUGUGAAGUAUGGUCAUAACUGGGGAAGAUACUGCCAGAAAGUUCCAUUCAGACUCAUUCCUCAUGUCUUUUGAAUGUUAUUCUACAGUAAAUAUUGCUUGAAUUCUUGGAACAUUUCCCCAGAAGAUAAUGUGUAAUUACAGAAGAGUUUCACAUAGACCAACUCUUAAGCGGCCCAUCCACGUACGAGACUGGCUCGCGAGUCCGGCUCGGCUCGGGUUCCAUUGAACCAAACUCGUUUGUGGGUGGGGUGUCACGAGCCGAGUCUGCUAUGCGUGUGUGGUGAAAUAAUCCGAGCCAGACUCGCAAGUCAGACUCGUACGUGGAUGGGCCGUUUUAGCCUAACAAAGAUGAAUGACCUCUUUUUCAAAUGACAUAUUAGAAGGACUCUGCUCCAUGCAGUGAAUUUCGGCAGAAUUUAUCAACGUUUUAAAGUAAAUUUCUUUGUUCAGAAGUAUUCACAUAUAAACGAUCUAUAUUAAUUUCUUUAAUAUCAUCUACAUAUUGUGUAAUAUAGGCUCUAGUGAAUUAAACAGUAUAACACAAAAAACUCUACAUAUGAAUAUGAGGAAAGUAACUUUGUACAACUGAUGUAUAUUGCUUUCUUGUAUAGAAAUGAAAAACUGGAAAGUCUGUGGCAUCAGGGCGAUAAAUCGCCCUGAUGACGGAGGCAGUAUGACCUCUGAAACAGACUACACAGAGCAACAACCCAGAAGACAGAAAUCUUCAAAGAUGUUAUGAUGAUGAUACCUGUGAAAAUUAUAAUGAACACACAAUCUAGCACAAAGCACAUAUCAGAAAUAUUGUGUUAUGGUGCAGUCGAAUAGAAUUCUUAUACUGAGCUAUGUAGUUUUUCUUCACAUACAGUAACUUGUCCAUUUGAAUGCCAAAAUAUACGUUGCCAUACAUUUUGAUAAUCCAACAUUAAACUCAUAAGUCAGUGUCAUAUAGUCUAUAUUCCCCCAAAAGUAUGAACAGGCAUAAUUAAUCUCUUCAGGUUUGAUUCACUAUUUUUCCUUACUUUGUGACAUAAAAGAUACAAUCAUCUUUAAAAAGAAUAGAUGCGUGUUUCUUGGUUAAUUUUGGUUUUUCACAACUAUAUCAGUCAUACAGAGCAACCUCAACAAAAAAUAGGAAACUUUUAUAUAAAUACUGAUUUUCUAAUGUGUAUAUAAAACAGAAUUGUGUGUGUUUUCUCAGUUUUCGCCUCUUUUGUUUAUGAUUAUGCUUGUGCAUGAGAUUCGUCACUUACAACAAUUACGAUAACUAAUAAAUUGUAUCUAACUCAAUCAGAAAAUAAUACGCAUUAUUAAGAAGCAGAAGACCCACAAUCAAAUCAGUUUUGAAAGCGUGGGCCUUGUGCCGCUAGGUCGCUGGGACCGUGGGUUCGAAUCCCAUUCAAGCCAUGGAUGUUCUUCUGUGUUGUGCUGUGUUGGCCUUGCAACGGGCCGAUCCCUCGUCCAAGGAGUCCUACCGAAUGUAUAUAGAACAAAACCAACGAAAAGUUGGGACCCGCAGUGCUCAGGCACUUUGAAGAACGGGUCGUCCAAAUAUCGAAGUAAGGUACACAUGGCAUAUACUUUGCUCAAAUGUUCUUAUUCACUUAUUUAGGAUACAUGGGUUUUUGUUUAUGUAUGAAAUCAAAAGGAGUUUGCAGUGAACUAAUUUAAAGCCAUAAACUGGUAUGGGAAAAUACAAAAUAAAGUUGAUAUGAAAGUUGUUGAAAAGGCAAAUUAAUUGGAAGUAAUACAUCAAGAUGCUAUAUUUGUUUCUAUUACUGACAUUUAAUUCUUGUGAUGGAAUCAAACUGCCAUUUCAUUUUAAAUGAGUCAUUAAGGUCCAAAAUGAUGAAAUGACUAUUAAGAAUGAAACUGAACUGCAUUUAUUUCUGCCUUCGAAUGCUGUAAUUAAUCAUUCGACAAACAUGAACGCACAAUUUAAUCUCAAUUUCAAUACUCAUCAUGAUGGUUUAUAUAUACAUAUUCCUUCCAUCAUAAGUUUUUAUUUAUUUUAUGAACCUCAAGUUACUUUUAAUCCAUACCACAGUAGUUAAAGUAAAUCUCUAUUUUUGUAAACAGAAUAUGACAGUACAGUUUGAUUCAUGUUCAAAUGUUCAAUACUUUAAGACUGGAAAUGCCAUUUAUUGUAUAUAUCACUACUUCUGUGUUUGAACAUUCAAUGACACCAAUAGGCGUAAGUAAAUUAAAUAUGACAUGGUUUUGUUGAUGGAAAUGUUGUUUCCAUCAUAGGAAAGAUAUAAAUUAUUCAUAGAUGGUCUCGAUUAAUUACAAUUUUGUGACCCUCCUACCAUUCAUUAAAACUGAGUCUGUAGAAUGUCCAUUUUAAUGAUGAAAUGUAUUUUAGAGAAUAAAAGAAUUUAAAUGUUACAAAUAAUAAUAAAAUAUAGGUGUCAAUGAAUAAAUGUAAUUAAAAUUAGUCGUAUUCUGCCACUUGCAAUCUGAAUUUUUGAAAAGUUUGGAUAGUAAGAGGGAUUCAUAGACCACAUUUUCAAGUCAGGUUUGAAAGCUAAAAUUUAAUUUUCUGGGAACAAUGAAUCUUUGUAAGAGAUUUGUAAGAUUUUUAAUGCAUAUAUAUCAAACGACUGACGUGUAUUUUGCUGUGUCACUAAAUAAAGGUUUGUUCUGAUAAGAA